GUCUGGUGUUGGCUGUUCGGGGAUAAAGCUGAGUGCUACUCGGUCAUGUGACUCCUGUUUUUUCUUUCUUUCCUCCUUCGAAGUUGAAAGGCAGAAGCAGAGCGGUGGAGGGGGCCCAGCUUGCCUUCCUUCUUGCCGUUGAUGCAACGUUUUGUCUCUUUUCCACCACAUUAUUGUUUGUUUCUCGCUCCGUGUGAUUUAUUUUCUCCUGCCUUUCCUUCGCAAUGGCGGGGGCUAUUAUUGAGAAUAUGAGCACCAAAAAGUUGGUGAUAGUGGGAGUUACUCUGCUUUUGUUCCAGGCGUUUGCCUUCAUGGUCGGCGGUUUAAUUGCUCCCAGCCCCACUACAGCGAUCCAUUACAUGGCCACAAAGUGUGUCGACACGGUUAAGCAGCGACAGGAAUCAAAAUGGUUUAUGCCCUGGGGUCCAAACCAAUGUGACAAGAUCCGGACUUUUGAUGAGGCAAUGGCCAAGAAAAUCGAGGCGAACAACAUUGUGUUUGCGGUCCACAUUCCUAUGAAUACCAAAGAGAUGAGUCCCUGGUUCCAGUUCAUGCUGGUCAUUAUGCAGUUUGACAUCGCAUUUAAGCUGUACAACCAGAUAGAUGAUGGGGCGAUAGUCACCAUUGAGGUGGGCCUGGCCUACAGAGACGACACUGUCAGCGAAUGGACAGAGAUGGCGCACUCAUUUGAGCAAAGGAAACUCAACUGUAACUUCACUACAACAAAGACCUUGGAAAAUGAGGGGCGUUACUAUGAAUGUGAUCUGCUGCCAUUCAUGGAGGUGGGCAGUGUGGCCCAUAAAUACUAUCUCCUAAACAUUCGCCUGCCUGUCAACGAGCGUAAGAAGAUCAAUGUGGGGAUUGGAGAAAUCAAAGACAUUCGUCUUGUUAGCAUCCAUCAGAAUGGUGGCUUCACCAAAGUUUGGUUUGCCAUGAAGACCUUCCUUACACCAAGCAUCCUCAUCAUCAUGAUCUGGUACUGGAGACGGAUCACCAUGAUGAGCAGACCUCCUGUGCUGCUGGAAAAGGUGAUCCUUGCUUUGGGUAUCUCCAUGACCUUCAUUAACAUCCCAGUGGAGUGGUUCUCUAUUGGCUUUAACUGGACCUGGAUGCUUCUUUUUGGGGACAUCAGGCAGGGCAUCUUCUACUCCAUGUUGCUCUCCUUCUGGAUCAUCUUCUGUGGAGAGCACCUCAUGGACCAGACAGAGAGGAACCGUUUCUCAGUGUACUGGAAGCAAGUCGGACCCAUCGUGUUUGGCUCUUUUUGUCUCUUUAUCUUUGAUAUGUGCGAGAGAGGAGUCCAGCUGACAAACCCUUUCUACAGCAUCUGGGCGUCAGACGUGGGAACGGAGCUUGCUAUGGCCUUCAUCAUAGUUGCAGGGAUCUGUGCCUGUCUCUACUUUCUCUUCCUCUGCUUCAUGGUGUUUCAAGUCUUCCGCAACAUCAGCGGCAAGAGGACGUCCCUGCCUGCCAUGUCCAAGGCCAGACGCCUGCACUAUGAGGGUCUAAUUUUCAGGUUUAAGUUCCUGAUGCUGGUCACACUGGCCUGUGCUGCAUUGACUGUUAUCUUUUUCAUCAUCAGUCAGGUGAAUGAGGGCCAUUGGCACUGGGGUGAACACACUGUGCAGGUGAACAGCGCCUUCUUCACUGGCAUCUACGGCAUGUGGAACCUGUAUGUCUUCGCCAUCAUGUUCCUUUAUGCACCGUCACACAAACGUUAUGGAGAUGAGCAGUCAAGUGGUCAGUGCAUCACUGGAGAUGUCGGAGCAAACAGUGGAGAGGACAUCCAGCUGACUACGACAAUCACUCAUGUUGAUGGACCCACUGAGAUCUACAAGAUGACUGGCAAAGAGGCUCAAGAGUAGAGUCACACUGUAAGAUUUUAGCAAGACCCUCCUCUGCUACCUACUGCUCCAAUCAUCCCUUCCCUCUUAUAUAUACAUAUGUACUCAAACAGGCUUUUUUACAUCCCCUGCCUCUACAACAGCAUCAACACUUCACCAAGCAUGUACCUACCGCUCUCAGACAGUGAUUAUGUUUUUCAGCAAAGACCCUCAGCUGUGUGACUUAUUAUGUACCACAGUGUUUCCCAAUACUAAGUAUUAUCAGUCCGUAUCAUUUCAUUGUGGACUAUUUCUCACACAUUUCAUUCUUUAGGUUGUGGCUAAAAGUUGCACAAUACUUUUAUCACCAAAAAAAGAGAUAAUAUUAUGAAGAGAACCUUUUAUGGUGGCCAGAGCUGGAAUUUUACUCCUGUUUUGAAAUACAGAGCAAGAAUCUUAUUGUUUUGUACAAACCAGAGAUUUUGACAAUAAUGGACAGCAGGAUUUUUGGAGAUCCAACAACUUCUUUUUUGAUAUUAUGCAUAACCACCUACUCAUUCACCACCGUUAGAGCUCGCCACAUAGCAUAUUCUUCAUGGAAAAGUAGAUCAUGUUGCUGUAUUUAAGAGGUUUUUUUUUUUUUUUUUUUUCAGUAUCACUGGGGGAAAAUGUACAGACCACAUAGCCACUUUGGGACAUGCAUACUGUACGUUCAUUAUGUUACAAUGUAGAUAUCUAUUUUUUGUAAAGUUUUCAUCUUCAGUUUCACAAAGUGUAUGCAUCAAUGGUUUUGAAGUUGACUGUAGCCUAUUAUACAUGGCUUUUAGUUGUUUUUUUUUUUUUGGUUUUUGCUUUUUAUGCUAAUUUAAAUAAAAACAACCUUUUACUUAA